AUGGCGACUAAUCGUUUUCAUCCCUUUUUUACAAACGUUGGUUCAGUGUCCUCAUGGUUCGAGAUUUAUGCUGCCUUUUCCACAUUCAUGAUGAUUUUCAGAACUGCAACCAACGAUCUCAUACCCUUAAAACUUCGAAACUUCAUCAUCUCAAAGCUACAAGAUUUCUUCUCAGAUUAUCGACCCGGUAAUGAAGUUUCACUUCACAUCGAUCAGACUUGGGAUGGAAAAACCAACAAUCUCUUCUAUGCAGCCAAAGAGUAUCUCCCAACUAAAAUAUCCAACAAUUACAAAUCCCUCAAAGUUGGCAUGAUAUCUAAUCAUAACAACUUACUCUUAGCUAUUGAUGAAAAACAACAAGUGUUGGAUGAAUUUGAAGGCAUCCAGGUUAAAUGGAUGCUUAUUCAAAAACCCGGUAAAGAGGUUUCUCAAAGUUCUAAUAAUCCCGUUAAAGGAGUAUAUGAUCAAGGUAAUAAGCAAAAAAAAUCUGAAGAUAAUGGAUUUGUGUUAAGGUUUGAUGAGAAACAUAGAAAUAAAAUAAUGGAGAAAUAUAUUCCACAUGUUUUAAGCACUUAUGAAGCUAUAAGAGCCGGAAACAGAACUCUCAAGAUCCAUUCCAUGCGAGAUGGGAAUGGGUUUUGGAAAUCCAGUGAUUUUAAUCAUCCUGCUUCAUUUGAUUCACUUGCUUUGCAUCCUGAUCUAAAGAAAUCUGUAAUUGAUGAUAUAGAUAGGUUUUUGAGGAGGAAAAAGCUUUACCAAAAAGUGGGCAAGCCUUGGAAACGUGGUUACCUAUUGUAUGGGCCACCAGGAACAGGAAAAUCUAGUCUUAUUGCUGCUAUAGCAAAGUACUUAAAAUUUGAUGUAUAUGAUUUGGAUCUAGGUUUGGUGUACUCUAACUUACAGCUCAUGACAUUGAUGAGGGGAACAUCUAACAGAUCCAUCAUUGUUGUUGAAGACAUUGACUGCAACAAAGAGGUGCUUAAUCGAUCAGACCCCGGGGCUCAGGUUAAUAUGGCACAGGCAUAUCAGGGGGCAUAUCCGGGUUAUCAGGGGGCAUAUCCGGGUUUUGAACAAGCUGAUAGAAAAACGUUUACUAUGUCGGGUCUUCUUAAUUGUAUGGAUGGUUUGUGGUCAAGUUUUGGAGAUGAACGCAUUUUUAUAUUUACUACAAAUCAUAAAGACAAAGUUGAUUCAGCAUUGUUGCGUCCUGGUCGAAUGGAUAUGCAUAUUCACCUCUCCUUCCUUGAAACCAAGGCAUUCAAAAUCUUAGCUUCUAACUACUUGGACAUUGAAGAACAACAUCACUCACUCAUUGAACAAGUUGAAGAGCUGUUGGAAAAAGUUGAUGUCACCCCUGCUGUAGUGGCUGAACAUUUGUUGAGAAAUGAGGAUGCUAAGGUUGCUCUAGAUGGACUUAUUGAAUUUCUUUAUGAAAUUUUAAAAGAGAAUCAGGAAUAA